AAACAUUCUUCAGAGCCCAGAAUCGACCUGAUCUUUAGUCUUCAAGAACGACUAGGUGAAAUCAUGCGACCAGUUUUUCCAUCUGCCAUUCAAGAAUGGCGAAAUGACACAUAUGAUGCUCUUGACCCAUCGCGGCCGGAGGUGUCGAUGGCCGGCAAGAAAAUCAUCAUAACCGGAGGUGGCACAGGGAUCGGUCGUGCAACCGUUGAAGCAUUCGCGGCUGCAAAGGCAGCAUCCAUCUUCAUCACAGGAAGACGGGUGCCGCCUCUCGAGGAGACCAAGAAGCACGUCGAAUCCAAGUACGGUGUGCCCGUCCACGUCUUUCCUGCUGACGUUACAGACCCUGUCGCGAUGAAGAAAGUAGCAACUGACAUUGGACAAUGGGAUGUGCUUGUCAACAAUGCUGGCUACUUUUCCGGGCCUGCGCUCGCAAAGGACUCCAAUCUCGAAGAAUGGUGGAAGGGUUUCGAGAUCAAUAUCAAAGGCACCAUGGUCGUCUGGCAAAGCUUCCACGCAACGGCAAACCGAAACGCUGUCUUCAUCGGCACCGCGACAGCCGCUGUUCUGUUGCCCUCGGCGUUGUCCGCUGGAAAUUCAUCGUACUUGGCUUCCAAGCUCGGCUUGAUCAAGUUUUUGGAGGUGCUCGCUAGCGAAGAACAAGACAUAUCAGUCCGCUUUCUGCAUCCAGGAGUCAUUGAGACAGAGAUGACAGAGAAGGGUGGUAUGAGGGGCAAGUUACCUGCCGACAGAGUCGACUUACCUGCUCAUUUCACUGUCUGGCUUGCAUCUCCUGAAGCCGCAUUUACGGCUGGUCGCAUGGUGUCAUGUAAUUGGGAUAUCGACGCGCUUAAGACCGCAAAGGAUAAGCUCCCGAAGAGUGAGCUAUUCCGCACAACGCUCCAGGGAUUUUCGGGACCAGAUAUUAGCGUUAGUUUGAACUUGUAAUUGUGCGAAUUAUGAUGUUGCUUCCCCGCAAGCUAGGGGAGACGACUGUGCCGGGAGAUAUGGAAGUGGGAAAUUACAGUGCAAGCACAAGGUUGUCUUCUCCCAGGUCUGCAGGCUCUUUUUUUUUUGUUUGGUUCCAUUGCGCACAUAACCAUCAUUUGCCUAAUUGCUUAUCGAGAGAUAAGUAAAGUGGCAUGGCGCGAUCAUGCACAAUGAGCUAGCAUGGCGGAAAGGGAAUAAUACUUCUUCUUUCUCUCAAAGUUGCUAUUUAGCCAACAAAGAAAUUCGACUCAUACACUAC